CGAGCAGUGACUGUAAAGAGAGUGACUGUAUAGCAAUGAGCUUUAUAAUAUCGGAAGUUUUCGGACAUGGAUCAUUUCACUUCGUCCUGCUUCUUCAUGAAAGUUAAUUAUCGCGGAUAUGAACGGGAACGGGAAUUUGAGCGACACCCGUUUGAAACAAGAUUGUUUUUAAGUUUGAAAUCGUUUACCGGGUUGUUUUGGUUUUGACAUCCAGUACUGACAGCUGCUAGUCCUGCGAAUCGACUUUCAAAUGAAUCAAUUGUUGACGAAUACGUAGACGUUUUGGAUUUCUAUUUAAAGACUAAAUCACAAUGGAUUUAUUUUAUUUUCAUUUGAAAUCAUAUUUUUUUCAGGACAUUACAGAGAAGGUUUUCUAUACAAAUGAAGAUGGACUUAAAUAAUCGAGGGACCGUGACUUUUUCUUCAUGUAAAUACAACUUGGAGAUUGGAGGAUAUGACAUUGAGCAUGGCCGUCCAGCAAAAUGUGAACCCAUCACCAUUCCUAUGUGCCAGGGAAUCGGCUACAACAUGACACGAAUGCCCAAUUUUUUAAAAUAUGAAAGUCAAGAGGAGGCAGGUAUUAAAUUGAAUGAGUUUGCUCCAUUGGUGGCAUAUGGAUGUGAUAUACACCUGCGAUUUUUCCUAUGCUCUCUGUAUGUGCCGAUGUGCGCUGAUCAGGUGUCCACCACUAUCCCGGCAUGCCGUCCUAUGUGUGAGCAGGCAAGGCAGAGGUGUUCACCUAUUAUGAAACAAUUUAGUUUUGGCUGGCCAGACUCUUUGGAUUGCUCAAAGCUGCCGACUAACAAUGACCCUAAUGCACUGUGCAUCGAAGCUCCGGAAAAUGACACUCAGCCCGAAACUAAGAAAGGUGAGGGUAUGCUGCCAGUGCCACCGCGCUCCAAACAACCUGCAGCUGGGAGUGGACAUUCCUUGAGCAGCUCAAGGUCUUGUGAUAACUCUGAAAAGUUUCAGUAUGUGGAAAAAAGUGAGUCCUGCGCACCUCGAUGCUCAUCUACAGUAGAUGUCUACUGGUCAAGGCAGGAUAAAGACUUUGCUUUCAUCUGGAUGAUGGUGUGGUCAACACUUUGCUUCAUUUCUACUGCUUUCACAGUUCUGACCUUUCUCCUCGAUCCCCAACGCUUCCAGUAUCCCGAGCGCCCUAUUAUAUUCCUGUCCAUGUGUUACAAUGUCUACUCUGUGGCUUUCAUCAUUCGCUCGGUGUCUGGGGCUGAGAAUAUUGCUUGUGAUCGUGAAAAUGGAGAGCUGUACAUCAUUCAGGAGGGUUUGGAGAGCACAGGCUGUACUAUCGUCUUUCUCAUCCUCUACUACUUUGGCAUGGCUAGCUCGAUAUGGUGGGUCAUCCUCACGCUUACCUGGUUUCUUGCUGCAGGAAGAAAAUGGGGUCAUGAGGCUAUAGAGGCACACAGCAGCUACUUCAACAUGGCUGCCUGGGGUAUACCUGCAGUGAAGACCAUAGUCAUCCUCACUAUGAGGAAGGUGGCUGGAGAUGAGUUGACAGGACUCUGUUAUGUGGGUAGCAUGGACACUAAUGCUCUCACUGGUUUCGUACUGAUUCCCCUUUCCUGUUAUCUCAUUGUUGGGACCUCUUUUAUUCUUACCGGUUUUGUGGCACUUUUCCAUAUCCGCAAAAUUAUGAAAACUGGCGGCACCAAUACAGAAAAGCUAGAGAAGCUCAUGGUGAAGAUCGGAGUCUUCUCGAUACUCUACACAGUGCCUGCUACAAUUGUCAUCAUAUGCUAUUUCUAUGAAAGACUGAAUAUGGAAUACUGGAAGUUCCAAGCCUUGGAAAGCAAAUGCACUUCCUUUCCCGGUCGCAGGAGUGAGGACUGCUCACUGGACUCCUCUGUGCCCACGGUAGCUGUGUUCAUGCUGAAAAUUUUCAUGUCAUUAGUGGUGGGUAUAACCAGUGGAGUUUGGGUAUGGAGCUCAAAAACACUUCAGACUUGGCAAGGAUUGUGUAAUAGGAGGAUAGCCACGCGGUCGAACCGCAAGCCCUGCUCCAGUGUCAGCUGCAGUGGCUCCCACUGCCAUUACAAAGCGCCGGCUGUGACGCUUCACAUGAACAAAACAGAUGUGUACACAGACAACCCCACACAUGUUUGAGACUUAAUGGUUCUGCUUUGGAGCCACUUCCAUGCACAGACCUAAAAGCACUAUAUCAUAAUAAGAUGCUCGGGCAUUUAAAAAUCUUCCCCACAUUAAAUGCACUUCAGAGGUAAAUAAAGGGAAGGUUGCUGAACCAGAAAACAUGUAUUGGUGUGUUUGGCUACAAGGCUGAAUAGUUUAUUUAUUAUAAGUAUUUAAGUAAUACUGGUUGGAUAUAUUUCUGCUGUAUGUAAUAUACUGUAUAUAAGGCAUUAUGUGACAAGAGAAUUUUAAAUAAUUUGACAGUAUAUUUGAAUCAAAUGAGAAGCAAUAAAACAUUUAUUACAAUGUA